AAGCCCAAGGGCCCCGCGUGCGAGGUGUGCUUCUUGAAGCAGAAGGACGGCUUCGCCUUCCUGACGUUCGCGGAGUUCGUGAAGCUCGAGAAGACCCCUGAGGACAAGAGGGCCAUGGAGCAGGUGGCGGCCCUGCAGAGUGGCGGAAGCGCUACGUGGGCGCCCGCAGGGGCGACUGAUGUCCACAGCAUCGAGAUCAAGAUCUCCAGGAAGGCAGUCGUGAUGAACAGCACUGAGUACACGAAGAUCAUUGGGGCCGCGAGGGGCGUGAGGCACCCUGCUCUUCCUGAGAUGACCAUCCCGCGCGAGGAUGGCGAUGGCGAUGAGACAGUGUACGUCUUCAAGCAUCCGUACUCCCCCAUCGUGAGAUUGAGCUCGGCCAGCCACCUCGAUCGCGCUUCCAACGUCUUCGAGGACCAAGCUCGCAUGGUCGUCCAGCAGCUCGUCGAUAAGCGCAACAAGCAGGUUGGCAUGACCAUGUUGCUGCAUCCCACUGCGCCCUUGCGGACGCCCCAGUACGUUCGAGACAAAGUUCAGCGAGCUGGAACCUUUGGGAGACGGUCGGGCGAGCCCAAGGCGGGUGACGCUUGUGAAGAAGACGCCUCCGAUGCGUCAGAUCCCAUUGAGACCGACAAUGAGCCCGAGUGUGAAGGGGGCAAGCGCCAGCGCACUGGUACCGCUUCGGGGGCACUUUCACCUGCGGUGGCUGCGACUCCGAGGUUCCCGCAUCCGACGGCGCCGAUGGUGACGACCCCCAAGGCCAAGGCCUUUGCUGAGCCCCCACGCAUGUCGCCAGCGCACAUGUCGGCGGCUGCCUCUGCAGUCAGCAGCGCCCGACUCCCCGAGCCGUCGCCGACGCGGUCUGCCGUGGCCCGCUCCAGCGUCGGCGGCAGUUUUGACGGUGGCGGCUGCGGCUCUGACAUCGGCGACUCAGUCAGCCAGCUAGCCGACGGCGAUGAUGAGGAUGAAGAUGGCGACGCGGGCGGUGACUGGGACAGCAACGAGACGCUCUACGCGAGGUGGAAGCGCAAGCUGUCCUUGAAGGCCGUGGUCAAUGGCCAGAAGUUGCAGCGCCAGGUUCGGUUCGCAGAGAAAGCACUCGUCAAGAUGAGCCCGAGCGACUCCGCCAGGAUGAGCGCGCACUUGAGCCAA